GGGCGUGGUGUGUGGUGGUGAUGUUGGUGGAUGGAGAUGGAGGUGGUGGUGGUGGUGGUGGAGGUGGUGGGAUGCUGGUGGGUGCUAAGCCUAUCGUGGAUCCAGGUCUGUUCGUGAUCCAGGGAGUGUCCAGCUGCCGGGCCGGGGAAGGGUAUUGCAUGCUUGCCGUCAACUGUAGCGUCGACGUGGAUUUCCUACCGGAUGACGACGGCGGGCACUGCGAUGGUCUGCGGGAGGCAUUCACGCCCAAGAUAAACUUCUCCUGCUGCAAGUACAACCCCCUGGGGAAGGAGACGAGCGUAGCGCCGACCACCACGCUGUCCUCCGUAACCGUGACCGAUGUGUUCUCGCUCAUCGACGAGGAGAUGUUGCAGCAGGCUCAGCAGGAAGAGGAGAUGGACUACGAGAAUUUGAAACCGGAGAACCUUAUCGACAUCGUAGGCGUGGUCACGGAUUUCACCGGGAUCGUGGGCCUCGUAACGCGCCCUUGGACCGGCACCCUCCCCACCCGCGCCCCCACCACGCCCACACCCACGUCCUCCACCACAGCCGCGCCGCUCAUGGUCACUCCACUCCCGUCAGAGGCCGCGGACGAGGAUCAGGUAAUGGAGGCCGAGGCCACGGAGAGCUACCACGAGGCGCCCACCACCAGCCUCGGCCCGCCCCUCCCGACACUGUACCCCCGCGAGGACCUGCACACCGACCAGCCUCCCAGCGGGCACACGGGGAGCGGCGCGGCCCCCACGCUGACCACCACUGCGGCGCCCGACCUGACGACCCCUGCUGCGGCGCCUGACCUGACGACCCCAGCUGACCUGACGACCCCUGCUGCGGCGCCUGACCUGACGACCCCAGCUGACCUGACGACCCCUGCUGCGGCGCCUGACCUGACGACCCCAGCUGACCUGACGACCCCUGCUGUGGCUCCUGACCUGACGAGCCCUGCUGCGGCGCCUGACCUGACGACCCCAGCUGACCUGACGACCCCUGCUGCGGCGCCUGACCUGACGACCCCAGCUGACCUGACGAGCCCUGCUGCGGAGCCUGACCUGACGAGCCCUGCUGCGGCGCCUGACCUGACGACCCCUGCUGCGGCGCUUGACCUGACCACAGAAGGCGGCCAUAACCAGCAGGGGAGUGACUCCCAGCAAGGGAGUGACGCUCAGCAGGGGGCUGACGCUCAGCAGGGGAGUGACACCCAGCAGGGGAAUGACUCCCAGCAGGGGAGCGACUCCCAGCAGGGGAGUGACGCUCAGCAGGGGGGUGACGCUCAGCAGGGGAAUGACGCCCAACAGGGGAGUGAUCAGCAGGAGGGUGAGAGCCAGCAAGGGAGUGACGCCCAGCAGGGGAGUGAGAGCCAGCAGGGGAGUGAACCUCAACGGGGCAGUGGGGGGCAGCAGGGAGGUCAGCAGCAGGCGGAGGAGGGCGGCACGCCGUUCCUGACGCCCGUCAACCACAACAUCUGCGGCUUCAAGGGUCCCAGCAUGCCCGAGCCCAACAGCGUGAGUCGCAUCCUGGGCGGCGUGACGGCCUCGACGCUGGAGUGGUGCUGGGUGGCGGCCGUCAUGGAGCGGCGACCCGGCGGCGACAAGUACAUCUGUAGCGGCGCCCUGCUGGAGCCCGACCUGCUGCUGACCACCGCCACCUGUCUCAAGAGGCUGGACCAGAAGAACCUCUCUGGAUACCUGGUGGUGCUGGGGGACAGUAACCUACGGGAUGACCUGCCUUAUGGGAUACAGUUCCACUCCAUCGUCCAGGUAGCGACGCACCCUGAACACUACACGUCUGGGGGCGCGCACGUCAACGACAUAGGCCUGAUCAAGCUGAGGGACAGAGCCACGCUCACUGACAACGUGUGUCUGAUAUGCCUCGCGCAGCAGGACGCCAUCAUGCCCACCUCGGCCCGCUGCAUGGUGGUAGGGUACGGCCUCGGCGCUCUCCCCGACCCCUCCCAGACUCCCUCCCACAAGAUGGCCUACUCCCAAACGCCUUCCUUCACGCACAACGCAGACUACGCAGAGGUGGUGGGCGGCGUGCCAUCUGAGGGCGUGCUGAGAAGACUGUCCGUGCCGCUGCAUGAGGCCGGGGAGUGCCGCGAGGCUCUGCAACACGUCACGGGCUCCAAGAUCCUGGCGGAGUCCGAUUCGUUCCUGUGUGGCGGCGUGGCCCAGGGCGUCGCCUGUUACAGCACUCUGGACGGAGGGUCACCGCUGUCCUGUGAGGUCGGCGGGCGGUGGUUCCUGGCGGGGUUGGUAUCAUGGUCGCGGGAUUGUUCCUCGCCCGCGCGGCCAAGCGUAUACGCCCGCGUGUCCGCCUUCACGGGGUGGGUGCAGGCGGCCUAUCUUCGCGCCCUGGGCUUCUCGGCUCACUCCGGGCACCAGCAGGCACACCGGACGCCUUGGGUCUACCACCACGUCCAGAAGGUCAACGAUGAGUUCACGUAGUUUUGAAGACAUUGGUGUUUUGUUAUAGACGUAGUGAACAAGCGACUGAUUGGGUGACGCUGAAGCUGAAGUGAUAUUAUGAUUGGGUUUAUGGAUUUCCCGGUAAUUAUGCGAGAAAGGAAUGAAAUUACGUUUAUCUGAAUGACCCAGAGAACCAUGACAAGCGUAGUGAGGUUACACGGGGCUGCCAGAUUCUUUUAACGAUAAGCAGCCUAAUCACACAUAAGUAUAUAUAAAUACCUGUCAAGUCUUACGUUUUUUGCGUAAGUCAUGCGUAACUUCGGUGAUUUUCAAGUCUUGCGUACGGCGUAAGUUGCCAGAUUGUCGUACUCAGAGCAUAGUAUUUACAUGUUUCUGACGCUUAACUUAACAGAAACCAGUAUAUACGAGGCUCUGAGUACGAUAAUCUGGUCACUUAUAUAUCAGAUUUAGUUAAGUUUGUCAUGAAAAGAGUAGACACGUUUUCUGUGUUUGUUGCCAGAUUGUCGUACUCAGAUUACCAUAUAUACCGAUUUCAACCCCAAAACUGCCUUCUCGACCCCAAUAACCGCCUUCAUAUAUAGUUAUCGUUACAAUGGUUAAUUAUUGGUGUUAAUUGGCAAUAACGAUGGCUCAGAAAUCAGUAUAUACGAGGCUCUGAGUACGAUAAUCCGGUGACUUAUAUAUCAGGUUUACUUAAGUCUGCUAUGAAAAGAGUAGACACGUUUUCUGUGUUUGUUGCCAGAUUGUCGUACUCAGAUUACCAUAUUUACCGAUUUCAACCCCAAAACUGCCUUCUCGACCCCAAUAACCGCCUUCAUAUAUAGUUAUCGUUACAAUGGUUAAUUAUUGGUGUCGUUUGGCAAUAGCUACGGCUCAGAAACCGGUAAAUAAGAGGCUCUGAGUACGAUAAUCCGGCAUCAGUGAACACAACACGUGGGGGAACGAUCAGCUGACGAGGGACGCCCUGUGACUACUCCUCAAACAUGUCAGGUGACGCCUUUCUCUGUUGUCUUGUAGCUGUUUCCUGCCCGGCCAUGACUCGAGAAUGACCACACUCCCUUAAUAAAACGUUUGCAUAUGGCGGUGGUUCAGGCGCUGCUGUGUGACCUGUUUCUGGGUCGUGAUCUGUAUAGUCCCUUUAAAGAUAGAGUCCCGACAACCUAAGAUUUAAGCGCCAUUUUUGGUCCUGUUGCCACCACGAGAGCGUGUGAUAGCGUUUGAAUAACACGGCGAAAACAGGCACAAUAAUGGCGUCCAAAUCUUAGGUAGUCGGUACUCUAUAAGGGACUACAGAUCGCGACCCAAAAACAGGUUACGCUAAAUGGAAGACGCUAUAGCACGGCGAAAACAGGCACAAUAAUGGCGUCCAAAUCUUAGGUAGUCGUUACUCUAUAAGGGACUACAGAUCACGACCCAAAAACAGGUUACGCUAAAUGGAAGACGCUAUAGCACGGCGAAAACAGGCACAAUAAUGGCGUCCAAAUCUUAGGUAGUCGGCACUCUAUAACGGACUACAGAUCGCGACCCCAAAAACAGGUUACGCUAAAUGGAAGACGCUAUAGCACGGCGAAAACAGGCACAAUAAUGGCGUCCAAAUCUUAGGUAGUCAGCACUCUAUAAGGGACUACAGAUCGCGACCCAAAAACAGGUUACACAAAUUUGAAAACGCUAUUAAUCAUCCUCCUCUGCACCGAUUCUAACAUUUUGAUAUCUAUUCUAAAGUAAGAUGACCAGAGCUGAACCGCGUAUAGAAAACAGUGGGAGGGAACAGCCUUGAGAUUCCUAUGCACAGGUACGCAGAUGACGGGGCAAGGUGAUUGAUUGAUCGUAUAUUUCCAGGUAAACAAGGAAGGGAGGAACAUGCCAUCCCAACCACCAGGCAGGGCAGAGUUUGAUUAUACAACUAUUAAUACAUGUGUAGUUAGCACCAUGAAGCUAUAGAUACAAUGGUAGGAAGGGAUGCACAAUUAGGGGGGGGGUACCAUCCGGCCUCCCCCAUAGACAUAGACGAGAUGAAAAUAUGAUAUGGGGACGGAGAAAUACAUUGCCCAAACACUAGAUGGGGAUGAAUUAAUAGAGAUAGAGUAGAUAGUCCUUAAAGUAGAAUAGCCUUGUCUACUUUCCUUAUCGAUGUUUUCUAUCUCACAAACUUCUAUACGGAGGAAUUAUAACAAUAUCCAGGUUUUGUCCUUACUGCCCUGUUGACCAAGGAUGUUUUCGUGGUUGUUUUCGUUAAUUUCACGUCUUCAAUAACGCACUAGGCAAGGUUUGUGAGUUGCCGAUAUACACGAACACACGAAGACACAGUUCCAAGGCAGGGAGAGUUCCGGGGUGAUGGCGCUGGCCGUGUUGUUGGACUUUGGAAUUUUUGUUUUUUUUAUAACAAAGAAGACAGCUUAAGGUCACAAACAAAAGGAAACAAUAAUAAAACAAAGCCCGCUACUCGCUGCUCCGUGUUGCUCAAUGGGUAACCCUUUUAGAUCUUUAUAUAGCGCUGACCUUGUUCAGGACUCCACAGUGAAAGCGAUCGAUUUACAUGUUAAUUUUAAGCUCGAUUCCCACAGAACGGAUGACCACGAACAAGUCACGAUUAAACCAUGACCGCUUCCUGCGCGUACCGGUAGAGUGUUGAAUCAGAGUGACUUGACUUGGUAUAUAUAGACUUAGGUAUCAGUAAGCCUCACGACUGACGGCCUGAACGAGUGACUGACCGCCUGACCGCCCGAGGGAACCUGAAGGGAGUGUCGUUAGUGUUUUCCCUCCGUCCCGUGUUUUGUUCCACACCUGUUUGUUGUUGUUGUUGUUGUUGUUGUGAACACUGUACUUAUGAGUUGUGUAAUAAAUGUUAGA